UUCAUUGAAAAAGGUUCGCAAUGCCUGCUAUAGAGAAUCAAAUCAGUGUCAUCAGCAAACAUGAUCGACUCAUGAUCCGGACACCUAGGUAUGUCGUUUAUGUGUAGGGUCGGAAAAAUAACACGCCGAGUAAAUUUCUUUGAGGAACUUUGCACAACUCAUGUAGUGGUGGUCACGCUGUGCCACUCUUAAACUUGAGUCACAAUGCGCCACAGACGUUGAUACUAAAAAUUAACUUUUGGGCGCGGUCUUUUUCUUAUUAUGCUCUGACGGGACGGGACCUUCAGGAACGAAUAUUUCAUCCUGUGUUCUCCGAAUCCCCCUAAACAGCAGUCUACUGGAUAUUGGCGAGAAGUUUAUUAUAUAAGCCAGGAUAUUAAUAAUAUGUUCCAGAAGAUAUUUUAAAUUUUUGAAUGAAAUACGAAUACCACCGAUUCCAAAACUUGACUUGGGCUUCAGUUUGCGUAUGAUGUUUAAUUUUUCUAUUGAUAUAUAGCUGGCCUUAAAAACGCGAAUGAGAAGUCAUGCCUCCCAAGAUCUGUAAAUUCUAUCUUUUCUUAAAAUAUGAGAGACGAUAAUUGUCACAGCUAGCUAGUUGUGGUUUAUUUUCAAGGAAGCUCUGUGCCACUUGGGAAGAGUGUUUAAUAUAUUCGAGUAUAACGCGCUCUAAUACAUUUGAUUGAAAAUUGGUAUAAAAUACUUUACCCCAUAUUUAUUACCCACGUAUACUACGCAACCUUAAUUUUUUAUUGAAAAUUAGUACAAAAUUUUGCGCGUAAUAUUCGAAUGAAUAAGAUAAAUUUAUUUGCAAUUUCUGAACUAUUGCAUUCGAGUCCAAUCGACGGACAUACAUGGCAUCUAUGUUUUCAAUAUUUAUUAGAUGCAUAUAUAUAUAGUUUGACUUCACGUCAUCGGUAUCAUACCAAGGACUUGGUAGUGGAUGAGGACGCAACUGACCAGCGGUUACGCCAUUCACCAUUCGCUGGAGAGGAGUCCAGCAAUUCUCCCGUAGGCCUACCUAAUUAUCCCCAGUGGAAUUGUAACGGGCGAACCCGAGCAGGCUAAUCGAAGGAACGGGGGCAAGCGUAUUCUUAACGCUUAUAAUGAUGCCCCAUACCGCCGAUUUCUUCAGUAUUGCAAGCUUUAUGUCAAUACACAUUGCGGAGGAAAGCAAUUAUUCAUUGCAUCCUUUACCUUCAAAAUAUUUCCAUUCUUUGUUCGAUAUUAGUUAGAAUCUCUUUUGCCAAUUAUGAUUAUGCGUUUCCUUAUCCAGUGUAUUCAAAUCAUUGCAGGAAGAACGUAAUGGUUUCAUCUCCCAAAUGCGAAUGAGAAGUUUCUAUACCGAAUUGAACACAUUUCAGUUGCCAAAGACUAUGUUUAUGACAAAAUUGGAAUUAAAUCUUUUAUACAAAAAUAUUUCCUGAAUAUUAUUUUUAUUUUCGAUUUUUAUAUUCUGAUAGUUUGCCAUGUUUGCAACCAUGUAGCCUACUGCAAGAAUUAUUUUUAAAUUUAUUAUUUAUUUUACAUUUAAAACAAAUCUGUUAGCUUUAUGAAACUCGUUUUCACUUUCAAGUUUUGCGUGAUGACGUCAUUAAUAAAUGUGCACCGUAUGGGGUUUGCGAACGCAUAUUAACGAUCUGAAGGUCAGCGAAGUCCGAAGUUUUUUAUAUGGAAAUCAAUCACCUUCAAAGUAUCAGCUGUCAAAAAUAAAACUUUCGUAGCAAUAGCCUUUUAGUGAAACAAACAUACAAUUUUCAAUCAACGGAAAUUUUGGGGACUUGCAAAAGCAAUUGGUCCAGUAAUUGAAGAGAAAGGUGAUUUUGUCAUAAAAAUAGGAAGAAAAACAAGAGCAAUAAUGAGAAGGGCAAGAUAGUAACAAGAAUAUCCAUGGGUCCACUGCGGCAAUUCAGAAUCAUUAUGGUACUCUCAUUCUAUUUUUGAGUCACUCUGCUCAUUCAGCGAAUUAUUAAUUUCAUGCUCAUCGGCUGUUGUUAGUCCAGGUGAGUCUUGAACCAUUUUCUUUAUUUUCAUUUUACACGCAAAUCUGAUGUAUUAUAGCCUACGAAGUUUAUAACGAGAGAAGGUAACAUCCGUUGUCGUAGCUUACUCAAUAAUGAAUCGCCCAACCUAAAUAGGCACUCCACUGUCGCAGCUCACACUGGUAGGCUACGGCCAAAACAAAUUUUGCACCAGCUUCCAGCAGUGGGAGCCUGUUUUCAUUCUUCCAAGAAUCUUUUAUAAAAAUGGGUGUCUCAAAAAUGCGUGUCCUAUGGGAAAUACAAAUGUCUAUUGUCCCAUACCAUCCCAUAGGAUUCCCAUGCGAAUCACAUUCCCAUGAUCAAACCUGCUAAUAUAGUUACAAACGGUUACGAACGCCGCAAUAAAGACUUCUGAUAGUAAAUCACCAAAAUGGGGAAAUUGAAACAAUGAUAUUUUCGCUUACCGCAUCGCACAUUAGAAAUAAAAUAUGGGUACGUACUGCAACAUAGAAGUUAAAAGGAGGAACCGUUUCGCGCGACCAAAAUUUAUUUGCAGUAUCGUAUGCUGUGCAGACAGUAAGAAUCAUUUAUACCAGUACAAGUAUCAAAGGAAUACAAUGAUUUUUUAUAUCCUUUACAAUUCAAGCUUAUAAAUAUACCCAUUCUUUGUUUUCCGGUAAUUAGGAUCAAGUCUUCCGAUUAUGACUCGACACUUUCCUAUUCAUUGUAUUCACAACAUUGGAAAGGAUGCAAAGGUUUCAUCGCUGUAAUGCAAAAUCAGCUUUAUACACAUAGAUAUAUGGGUGCUUUCAUCUCAUAAUUAGGCCAUUCGCAAUAUUUCUUCGGCCGUAUUUGAAAAUACAAAAUAUUAUGUAUUUUAAAUUAAGCCUUCAGCCUUUUUUCUAGCAUGCGGCAAGAGAAGUCUAUAAAAGGCAUCGGUUCGGUUCAUAUCGAAUAUUGAGUAUUCAGCUGGAUUCCGGUUAUAUACUGAUCGGCAUUUAAAAAAGUAUGAAACUGCAUCGAAAAACAAUGUUGACAAUUGUUGUUUUGGUUUGCUCAUUAUGUACUCUGGCAACUGAUGCUUUGCAACCAGCAGGAUGCGAAAAGAGAUUUGAGGAUUUUGGGGGAAUUGCUUCCACUUUUGAUUGCCCCGCAAAUUGUGACAUCGGAUCAGUGUAUGUUGUGGGAGGCCCUUAUUAUUUUAUACCAGAUUCUCUGGUUUGUGCCGCUGCGAUACACGCUGCUGUAGCUCCAGUUACAGGAGGAAAAGUUGUUUUCCGAAAACAAACUUCAAUUCCUCCUCCGCUAAUGAAGGCGACGACAGCAAACGGAGUUACUACGAUAGUCCCUGCCAGUGCAUCAACAACCACCACCGAAUUCUUUGCGUUUGAUAGUUCAAUUCCAUCUGAUUGUGCAGUUGCAGCAGAAGAUAUUGAUCAGGAAGUUUUUGUAUUUAACUGCCCAUCUGGUUGCGAAACAAACACUGACAUAAUAACUGACGUUGUUUUUGAUGAUGCAACUUCAAUAUUUGCGGUUCAAUCGCUCAUUUGUGUUGCUGCAAUUUAUGACGGAACAUUAACAGUUGGAAGUGGAGGUGCUGUUGUUGUUCAGAAACAACAAGGGAUUUUAUCAUAUGGCGACGCCACAAGUGCUAAUGGAGUUGACCCGGGACCGUUAAAUACGUAUGACCAUGCGUUUAUAUUUUCAUUUACAAUAGAUGCAAAUUGCUUACAAACCGUAUCAAAUCAACCAAGUCUAUUCGUAUUCACAUGUCCGGCUAACUGCGACCCGAGCUUGGUUGAUAUCAUGGGAGACGGAAUCUACAAUGAAGGAACACCAAUAUGCCUUGCAGCUAUUCAUGAUGGACAAAUAAUUGCUGCUGACGGAGGUGACGUAAUUGUGAAUAAACGCCCCGGUCAGUCAGGAUUUAGUGGAAGCACACGUAAUGGUGUCAUCAGUAUCUGGGGAGGACCAGACGAUGGUUUUGAUUUUUCCGACUGCAUCAACGGAUCUCCUACAAGUGGUCAGGUAGCUUGUACUUGCGAUGCGACUUGGUUCGGAGAUGCGUGUAAUAUAAAGUGUGUUGAAGGAAGUUACGAUGCAUCGAAUAAUCCAGCAUGUACCUGCAAUUCUGGAUGGGUUGGACCUAUGUGCAAUUACCAAUAUGUUAAGUUCUGCUGAAGAAAUUAUAACUUUUUGAUUAUGCUCAUAUACACAUUAAUAUCACUUCUUUCAAAUCUACAAUAAGUUCGAAUUGAAAGAUCUUCGUAAUAUUUGCGAGAACGUAGGUUGAAAAAGAAAUUUUCAAUCCUAUUAUAAAUAUAUAUAUAUUACAUUUCUACCACCAGACACGAUAUCACAAAACGAUGACUGUAAUGUGGCGUAGUCCAGAUGAUUAUUUAUUAGCGGGUACCUGAAAUGUUUCAGUAGAUUGCCGUAUUCUCACUCUCACACGUUUGUGCUAAUAUUAUAAUAUGCCAAUAUGGACAAACUGCUUUCAUGAUAUUUAUGGGCACAAAUUUAAAGAUCAUGAGUUUUAAUUUAAACUACAUACAUUCGUUGUUUUUUUUCUAUUAUCUGUGUGGUAAAUUGUGAUUCUGUCAUAAUAGAAGGUGUGAAAUAGUAGCUUCAAUACAAGCUUACAUAAAAAAAAAGGUGGAGAAUUUAUGAGUUUGAAGAUCUACCAAAUCAAUUACUGCAUUCUCCUAUACUUUAUUUCAAGAAUAAAUCUAACCUGGUAUGCACCUUGCUAAUACCAGAUUUUCAUAUUUCCUAUUUAUAUAUACAUAUUAUGCUAUUCUAACAAUAUUAUUUUAUUGAU